GGAUGUGAUUGUGAGGCGUCAGGUGUGAGGAGCAGAACCGGUCUCGAAAGGCAACAGAGGCUGACUGUUUAAGCUGUUACGCUUUCUCUUCUUUCCUCACUUUGCUCUCUCUCUCUUGGGCGCCAAGGAGGAAUUUGCAGAAAUGGCAAAUUUCAGACCAAGCUAUAGAGAUUUACCAAAUAAAGAACAUUCGAUAGCUUCCAACGCAGGUAUCAAUGGAGUUUGUAUGAUGAGCAACAAAUGGAGAGAUGAACAACACCCAUCCUUCAUCCACUUCAUUUCCUCCUUCCUCAGUGCAAAUUCAUUUCGACUUAACAUUGUCCCUGUUGCCCCUGAUUUCAUUUUCAACUGUGGAGGAUUAUCAGUAGCAUUUGUUUUUGUGACAAAUUGGGAUUGCAACAACAUCUCUCCCAUUUUUAGCAGAGUGCAGAAACUGAAAGAGCAGUUUGGGAACUUUUAUGUUGUUGUCACCCUCCCAACCAAGGAGCAAAAUGAUUCAUUUGUUCGAUCUUACUUUAAGUUUGGAAUGGAGCCUGGGAAGCCAACAUUUAUUCCAGUUCAGGACUUAGAGAUGGGCUUUGAGAAGAUUCUGAAGAUAGCCCAUGCUCGUGGGGUGUGUAAGAAGCAAGAUGCCAUUUCCAGAUUGAAAAUUGAGAGGAAGCAAUUGGUGCGGGGAAUGGAUGCUUUCCUCAGAGUCAUUAUGUCCAUACCUGGAAUUGAUAACCAUGAUGCAAAUGCGCUUAAUCAAGCCAUUGGUUCUAUUGAAGCAAUAUCCACAGCAUCCAAGCAUUAUAUUUUGGAGAACACAGAUCUUUCGGCAGACAAGGCAGAGACGAUCACCAAGUUUUUCCGAGAUCCAAAGUAUUACCUGAGCCCCAAAAUCAACUAGUCAAAUAGAGUUAAGGAGGUAUUUCUGCAAAUGGAUUCAGAGGUGGUGUUGAAGUGAUGCCUUAAACUCUAAGGGUUUAGCCUUCCCAUAGAUUUUCUUCUGUGUUUAAUGCUGGCUUGUGUUUUGUAUACUGAUGUUCUGCCAUGGGGCCAAAUCAUGCUAAUUGUUCACAGGUAGUUCUGAUGUCUGAAUUUGUGCAAAAAAUGACUGUAUUCUCUGAUUGUUAGCUUGAAAAUUUCAUUGCUACUUUCAAAUUAGACAGAUCUAUGAUGGUUCUUCCUCCAUUUGUUAAGAUAUGUACUACAAUAGUUGGUGAC